CAUGACUGGCAGAGGGAAACCAUGCAAGGCUGCGACUCCUAAAACCGGUUGUGCCACGGGCAAAACCACAACUGGAGAAUAUCAAGAGAACGGCUUUACAAAAGAGAAGCACAAUGCUACAACCACGGAACAGAAACCAAAGGGAAGGAGCCAGAAAACACCGAACCGCACGAAGGAGAAGUCAUCGGAGCGGAGCAGUCAAAAGAAAAAGACCAAAACCUUCACAGAGGAGAUGAACAAGCUACCGACAGACGACACCACGGCUCCUUCACGAGGUGCAGGAGCCAGAACUGCUGCUGGAAAAUCAAAAGAGAAAUCUGUGGUUGAGCAAACAAAACCACAGCCGGAGACAACAAAGGACACAACACAAGACUCUGCAACGGCUGCAAAACCAAAGAAACGUCCCGGCACAGCCAAAUCAGAGGGGAAGACAAAGACCACAAAAGCAGAGGACACCAUCAAGACGUCUAUUGAUUCCCCAAAACCAAAGAAAUGUCCCGGCACAGCCAAAUUAGAGGAGAAGACAAAGACGACAAAGCCAGAGGACACCACCAAGACUUCUAUAAAGUCCCCAAAACCAAAGACCUGGGCUACAGUGGACUCUCUUCUCUCCACAACUCUGGGGAAAUUGAAGAUUAAGAGAAUAGAGAAAUCAAACACAGCAAUAGUCGUCAAUAAAUUGAUAGAUAACAUAAUCAAGCAUUUAAAGGAGAACACUAACUGCUUCACAACAGCAGAGCCGCUACGCACUGGAAGCUACUAUGAGCAUGUAAAAAUUUCUAAACCUGAUGAAUUUGACAUCAUGCUGUCCAUGGAUGUUGACCGGGUGGACAUUAAACCAUUUGGAGAUAAAGGAGCCUUCUACAUCGUGGCUUUAAAACGUGGCAACAACCCGCUGAAGAAAUUUCAGGACGGGGACAUGUUAUCUGCCGGUGAAAUGUUGACAGAGUUCAGGGACGAGGUGAAGAAGUGCGCCAAGGCUUUUCCAGAAUGGAAGGUGGACAGAAAGAGACCUGGCUGUCCUGCAGUGACCCUGACGACUACAGUUCAGUCUGUGGUCGUCUCCCUGGAUGUUGUCCUCAGCAUCAAGGUCAAAACACGCUGGCCAGAUUUUACCCAACACGGCUUUCAAAUCGAUAAAUGGCUGGGGACUAAAGUGAAGCAGGAUUACAAGAGACAGCCAUAUUAUCUUGUCCCAAAAUACGAAGGCAAGGGAGCAGACGUGCAUGACGGCGUUUCAGCUAAAGAUGCUUGGCGGGUUUCAUUCUCUCAUGUUGAGAAGGACAUUCUGUUGAAGCACGGCUCGGAGAAGACGUGCUGUGAAAGAGAAGGCCAACACUGCUGCAGGAAGGACUGUUUAAAGCUCCUGAAGCACCUUCUCAGUCUGCUGAAAGAAAAAGAAGCUUCAUUUAAGAAGUUCUACUCCUACCUGGCCAAGACCACCCUGCUCCAUGCCUGCAGCUCUAGAGUGAAAGACAGUGACUGGAGCGCCUCCAGCCUGAGCCGCUGCUUUCUGCAGCUGCUGGAGGACUUUAUAGGACAUCUGGAGAAAUGUGUUCUCCCCAACUUCUUCAUCCCAGAUCAGAACCUCCUCGUCGGCAUUGACAAGAAGAAGUGCCUCCUCCUGGCUAGUUGUAUCGAGGAGCAACGUGACAACGACUUUCCUAUUUUCACUUGUUGGCUUCAUAACAAUGAGGAGUAGCUUGACUAGAGACUUUAUCUGAACCUUCCGUUGACAUUUCUGUUGCAAAAGGUGCCAUACAAAUAAAGAGUAUAUGAUUAC